AUGGAUGACUCCGGGUAUGAGAAAGGUUCAGCUGAAUCAGAAGCGCCAAAGACCGUCGAAAGUGCGCUGCAAUUACAAGCUAUGAGUAUGGUGCCGAAGGAGAAGCCAAGAAACAAUACCACAACAGGAUUCAGAUAA